AUGUUCAAGAACACAUUCCAGUCUGGAUUUCUUUCCAUACUAUACAGCCUCGGGAGCAAACCUUUGCAGAUAUGGGACAAAGAAGUUGUGAAUGGCCAUAUUAAACGACCACAAGAUGAAGACAUACAAUCCAAUGUGCUCGAAAUAAUUGGAUCUAAUAUUCAGUCCACAUUCAUUACGUGCCCGGCAGAUCCCGCUGCCACACUUGGUAUAAAACUUCCAUUCUUGGUUAUGAUUGUCAAGAAUCUAAAGAAGUACUUCACAUUUGAGAUUCAAGUUUUGGAUGAUAAGAAUGUCAGACGACGAUUUCGAGCUUCUAAUUUCCAAGGUGUCACUCGAGUAAAGCCCUACAUUUGCACUAUGCCACUGAGAAUGGAUGAGGGCUGGAAUCAAAUCCAGUUUAACCUAGCUGAUUUUACCAAGAGAGCAUAUGGUACUAAUUAUGUGGAGACACUGCGAGUUCAGGUCCAUGCAAACUGUCGCUUGAGAAGGAUAUACUUCUCUGAUCGUCUCUACUCAGAAGAGGAACUCCCACCAGAGUUCAAAUUGUACCUUCCAAUGCAGGUAAGAGAUGUCUGUAUAUAA